ACUUCUUCAUCAAUGAUGAAAGGAUCAACUAAUUUAUUUAUCAAUAAGCAUUUCUUUUACACUUGGUCAGACUAUGCCCGGCUUAAACGCCAAUUUUACAAUAAUGCGCACGUCGAUCCGUCCAAUAGCAAGCUACAAAGCCACAAGGAAUUCAAGGAGGAGCUAGCUAGCCAUUCGACCCAGCAGGUAGCAAGAGCUCCUCCUCCAUGGCCACCGCCACCUACCCCCUGCUGGUGCUCCUCCUCCUCGUGGCCGCCAGGGCGGCGCCCGGCGGCGGCGACGGGACGACGCCGUCGGCGUACGAGAUGCUGGAGCGGUACAACUUCCCGCGGGGCAUCCUGCCGGCGGGCGUGCAGGGGUACGUGCUCCAGCCCGACGGCGCCUUCGAGGUGUACUUCCCGCGGUCUUGCGAGUUCCUGCUGGCGAGGCGGUGGCUGGUCCGCUACGACGCGAGCGUCUCCGGCUCGGUGGCCGACGGGAAGCUCACGGCGCUGCAGGGGAUCAGCGUCAAGGUGGCCUUCCUCUGGCUCGGAGUCGGCGAGGUGGACCGCGCCGGGGACAAGCUCAGCUUCUACAUCGGGCCCCUCGCCACCUCCUUCCCGCUCGGGGACUUCGCCGAGAGCCCGCGCUGCCGCGGCUACGACGACUUCACGGCGGCGGCGGCGGCGUGAUGAGAUUUCUUAAUUAGCGUUUGGUAUUUUUUUGAACUGUGAUUAGCGUUUGGUAUUAUUUGUGUAUCUGCCUUAUGAUUUAAGCUGGCUAAUAGCUGCUUGUGGAUCGAUCGAGAGUACGAGCCGGCGAUUAGUUUUUCUUUUUUAUUUGUUGUUACUUAUUAACAUACAUGCACGAGAAACGGGAGCAAGUUGUUUGGUAAAUCAUUGUCCUUGAA